AUGCACGCCGCGGCGGCGACGCGCGCGAGCGCGAUCACGGAGAAUCAGAUGCUGUACCUGGAGGCGUGGCGCGCGGUGGACAAGGCGUACGUCGAUAAGACGUUCAACGGGAACAAUUGGUUUAAACUGCGCGAACGAGGAUUGAAGACGGCGGAUUUGGACGACACGGAGGCGACGUACGGGACGAUACGAGAGAUGCUCGGGAAACUCGGGGAUCCGUUCACGCAAUUUUUGGAGCCGGAAAAGUACGCGAGCGUGACGGAUCGAACGAUGAAGGCGGACGUGAGCGGGGUGGGCGUGGAGAUGGGAUUCGGCGACGACGCGAAGGUCGUGGUGGUCGCGCCGACGCCGGGAGGGCCGUCGGCGGAGGCUGGGGUGAAGGCGAAGGAUUUUAUCGUCGCCGUGGACGGCGCGGCGACGCGCGGGAAGAGUUUGUACGAAGUCGCGGACGAAUUGCAAGGGCCGCAGGGGAGCAAGGUGACGCUGACGCUCGAACGGGAUGGGAAGACUCGAGACGUCGCGGUGCAGCGAAAACGAUACACCGUGGUGCCGGUGACGUCGGCGACGUGCGAGGUGAAGGGAGACAAGAAAAUUGGUUACGUGAAAUUGUCGGCGUUUAAUCAAGUCUCAGGGGCGAAGACGAAGGAGGCGCUCGCGGCGCUGAAAGCCGACGGCGUCGACGUGUUCGUGCUCGAUCUGCGCGACAACGUCGGUGGGCUGUUUCCCGGUGCUUUGGAAAUCGCCAAAGCGUUCAUGAAUGAAGGCACGAUCGUGUACAUCGCCGACUCCAACGGCGAGCGCGACGUCUUCCAGGCGGAUCGAACGGCGUUGGACGCCGCGACGCCGCUCAAGCUCCUCGUGAAUAAAGGCACGGCGAGCGCGUCCGAGGUCUUGAGCGGCGCUUUACAAGACAACAAGCGCGCCAUCGUGCUCGGCGAGCAAACGUUCGGUAAAGGCUUGAUUCAAACGCUCGUCCCGCUCUCCGACGGUUCGGCGGUGAGCGUCACCGUGGCGCAGUAUCGCACGCCAAACGGCACCGACAUCAACAAGAUAGGCAUCACUCCGGACGCCCCGCUACCGCUCGACGCAUCAGGCGCCGACAUCGUGCCGUCGAACGCCGCUGAUUUUUGCGCCUACGCUCGAGAGGCGCCAGAGUUAUUCAUUUCUUAA